CCUCGCCCUCGCAGUGCAUGCCGGUCUUCUGCUUGGAGUCGCCAUUUUGCCGCUAGAGAUGCUGUCUGAAGACCAGUGCUCUCUUCCUUCAGCGGCCUAGGCUGCGUCGGGGCCUGAGCUGGGGUCUGGGCCAGGGCAUGAAAGGUCUCAAAUGUUCUGACGUGGACCUGGAACGCAGCUCCCCAAGCAGCAGACAUGUAGUUCUUGAACAGACUGCCUGGACGAUGGUCUGAGCAUUAAAGAGGCGGAAACAGGAGAAUGGUCACAUAUGCAAGACAGUCUAACCUACAUGGUGAAUGAAAGGCCAGCCAGAACUACAAGGAAGGAGUUCCUUUCCCUGUUUAUUUUUGACUCAGAUAGAAUACAGUACAGCAGCAGUCAAUCAGUGAUGAAGAGGCGGGCUAUAUGAAAUGUCCAAUCAGGAGCCAGUGACCUUUGAGGAUGUGGUCAUGAACUUCAGCAAUGAGGAGUGAGCUUUGUUGAUUCCAUCCCAAAAGAACCUCUACAGAGAUGUGAUGGGUGAAACCUUUAGGAACUUGGCUGCAAUAGGAGGACUUGGGGAUAUCCAGGAAGCUAAAAAAGAAUGCAAGAUUUACUGGAGAUACUUAAGAAAUGACAAGCUAGGAAAGUCCUAUGGACAUACAUCUUGGAAUCAGUGUAAAGAAGUAUUCCUUUGUACUGCAGAAGGUAAUGUGAAUGUGAAAGAAACAGAAGCACACCACAAUGUAAAGAUCCACAAAAAAUAUUGCAGUGGAGGGAAACCCUAUGUAUGUCAGCAAUGUGGAAAAGGUUUCAUCAAAUCUGGACAUUAUAAGCAACAUGAAAGAAUUCACACUGGAGAGAAACCAUAUGUAUGUAAGCAAUGUGGCCAAGCUUUUAACAGAAGUGCAUAUUGUAAGGUUCAUGAAAGAAUUCAUACCGUAGAGAAACACUAUGUAUGUAAGCAAUGUGGGAAAGCUUUUAACACAUGGGGAGAUUGUAACAAACAUGAAAGAAAUCACACUGGAGAGAAACCCUAUGUAUGUAAGCAGUGUGGGAAAGUUUUUAAAACAUGUGCGUAUUGUAAGGUUCAUGUAAGAUUUCACACUGGAGAGAAACCUUAUGUAUGUAAGCAAUGUGGGAAAGCUUUUACCACACAUGGACAGUGUAAGGCACAUGAAAGAAUUCACACUGGAGUGAAACCGUAUGCAUGUAACCAAUGUGGGAAAGCUUUUAACACACGGGCAGAUUGUAAGAAACAUGAAAGUGUUCACACUGGAGAGAAACCCUAUGUAUGUAAGCAAUGUGGGAAAGCUUUUAACACACAGGGAUAUUGUAAGAAACAUGAAAGAAUUCACACUGGAGAGAAACCCUAUAUAUGUAAGCAAUGUGGAAAAGGUUUCUUCAUCUCUGGUCAUUGUAAGCAACAUGAAAGAAUUCACAUUGGAGAGAAACCCUAUAUAUGUAAGCAAUGUGGGAAAGCUUUUACCACACAUGGACAGUGUAAGGCACAUGAAAGAAUUCACACUGGAGCGAAACCAUAUGUAUGUAACCAAUGUGGGAAAGCUUUUAACACACGGGCAGAUUGUAAGAAACAUGAAAGGAUUCACACUGGAGAGAAACCCUAUGUAUGUAAGCAACGUGGGAAAGCUUUUAACACACGGGGAUAUUGUAAGAAACAUGAAAGAAUUCACACUGGAGAGAAACCUUAUGUAUGUAAGCAAUGUGGAAAAGGUUUUACCAUCUCUGGACAUUAUAAGCAACAUGAAAGAAUUCACACUGGAGAGAAACCCUAUGUAUGUAAGCAGUGUGGGAAAGCUUUUACCCAACUUGGACAUUGUAAGCAACAUGAAAGAAUUCACACUGGAGAGAAACCCUAUGUAUGUAAGCAAUGUGGGAAAGCUUUUACCCAACAUGGACAUUGUAAGCAACAUGAAAGUUCACACUCAAGAUAAAACCAGUGUAUAUAAGUAUCAUGAGAAUUUUUGAGCACACGUACAUAUUGCAUGAUGCAUGAAAUCUUCACACUGGGCAGAAAACUUAUAUAUGUAAGGAAUGUGGGAAAGGUUUCAGCAGAAAUGCUCAUUGUCCAAUACAUGAAAAAAAUUACACUGUUGAGGAACCCUGUGUAUGUGAAGAAUGUGGGAAAGCUUUCACCACAUGUGGAUAUUGUAAAAUACAUCAAUGACUUUAUACUGAUAAGAAACCCUAUGUAUAGAACAAUGUGGCAAAGCUUUUACUGCAUAGAGUCAUUGCAAAACACAUGAAAGAAUUCACACUGGGAAGAACCACUGGCUAUGUAAGCAAGUGGAGACACUUUCAGCAGCCAUAUUGUAAGUGAAAUAUGUGAAAAAACUCACACAAGCGAUAAAUUCUAUGUGUUAUGGGAACCCUCAGCACACAUGAUCAUUGUUACAUAUCUGAAAGAGCUCACUGGAUCCUAUGUGGAUUAACAAUGUGAGAAAUAUGGCAAUUCAUGUUUGUUGUUAAAUACAUAGAAAAAACAUCACUCUUCAGACAGUGUAGAUCUAAGUUUACUUUAAAAAUUCCUAGGAGAGCUGAAGAAAUAAUCAAUACAGAAUUUUGAUGUCAAUAUUUCUUCACAAAUUUUACAGAAAUGCCAAAUCUGAGGAGAAUCUCUACUCAAGUGCACAUGUUGUAUGGUUUUCAGUUAAUGACUUGUACCUCUUUAGAUUUUUUUAAGUGUCUUUGUGCUUCAACACGGCAUCUUGUAAUUAAACAUGGUAAACUGAAAUGGGCUUUUCAAUUUCAAGUAUGGAUAGUGUCUAUGUCCUUAAUAUUUUGUCUUUAAAUAUUUUAUAUUUUUGUGAAUUUUAAUGUUGUUUAUUUAAAGAGAAAAAAACAGAAAAAAAGUGUAGAAAUAAUACAGAAUUUCAGAAAAAUAAUAAGAUAUAACUAGUUGAUUUGUUACAUAUUGUCAUCUUAGAAGUAGUUGUUCAAAUUAUAAAAUUAAAGCACACAAAGUGAUAUUCCAAUAAUGACACUGCGAACAGUUAACUUCUAUGAUCCAACAAAAACUUAUUAAUAUGCUUAUCUGUCCUACACACUUGUAUUUUUCUUAAAGAGUGUAAGAUUAAACAUGACAAAACAGAAGAUAACAGUUCAUAAGAAAACUAGUUAAGGAAACACAGAUUUCAAAGCAAGUCCACUGGAGAUGUUCACUGUUUAUCUUACUGUCUCUAGUUUUCUUCCAAAUAGUUUUUCCCAUCUUCACAUGCAUUAAAUAUAUACUGAACACUAUAGAUCUAAGCAAAUAAUUACAGAAUGAUGCAGGCUUUUUUGGUCUUCAAGACUUAUUUUGAGGAAGUCGAAGAUGACUACGAUAAUGUCUCUCAUUCUCUUCAUAAUAGCUGUCUUUAUCUUUAUGUAUGCUCAAAUUGAGCAUAAGAAACUAGACUAAUAUCACUCUGAACAGUGAAUAAUAGCAUCCUGAGAAGGAGAAAGUUGAGGAAUUGCCUAAUAAAAGAAGGCAGAGGACAUUGUUAAAAGUGAUUAGACUCUGUUCCAUUCUAUAUGAUAGUAUCAAGUUUGAAGACAUAGGCAACUACUUUGAAGACAAUAAGAUUCACUAAGAUACCCAUUCUUGUUUGACUAUUGUCUUCUUUGGAAGUCCUGUAAUGUUUACAAUGCCUAAGUUUUAUUGGUCUUGUUCUCUACUGUUUUGUCCAACUUUAUAAUAUCUAAUGAGAUAGACAGUUCUUUUUAAGGAAACAAGGGACAACGUUGAUAACCAUUGUUGAUAAACUUGUACUCUGUUCUACACCAUGUGCUAUGUCUAUCCUUGGUAUUGACUGACAGCUUUGUUUUGCAAUAUUUGACUGUAUUCUUCCCCCCCCAAAAAAAGUAAUAAGCACUAAGGAGUAAUAAAAUCCAAAAUGUGUAAAUUUUGUUGUAAAAAAGAGAGGGAAAAAAAAAGAAGAAAAAGAGCUCUAACGGAUGUAACAGCAAGUGUGUUUAGGGGUGUUAAAUAGCUGACUAUAUCAAUGUUUUUGGAUCAUUGAACACAGCUGUUUGCAGUCUCCCUGUUUGAAUGUCCACCUUGUAUUCUUUGAUACUGUGAUUUGAGGAACUAUUUUCAAGAUGAUAAUAUGUAAUCUACUAACAGGUGAUUUCUUACUGUUAUGUUUUUUUUUUUUUGUAGUUCUGUAUUACAUGUACCCUUACACCACCUUGGUUUGUUUUGUGUUUUUCUCUUUUUCCUCUUAAAUAAAAAAAAAGGAUUUAAAAAAAAGUGUAUCGGGAUUUAAAAGCUACGGUAGUCUUAUUGCUCUGUUUAGUUUGAUUACAUUUUGUUCUGGUCUGUCUAUUUAUAUUAGACUUGAGCACACAGAGUGAUAACCCCAAAACAGCAGGUUAUACCAUGGUAACUAUCCUUAAUUUCCUAUUAACUUAAACUAAGUUAAUAGGAACCUGGUAUUACUUACAUUGUCCUCUAUGACUGAUCUUCUUUGAAGCUGUUUUGUUUGAAUGAUAUUUGGCCUUGACUGAAUUUAUUCACAUUUGCUUUGCUUACUGGUAUCAAGUCCAAGAGUAGAGGCAACUACUCUGAAGAUAACAAGAUGUAAAAGAUAUACAUUGGGGGGCUGUGGAUUUAGCUCAGUGGCUUAAGCAACUGUCUGGCAAGUGUGAGGUCAUGAGUUUGAUCUCCAGUACCAAAUAAAUAAAUAAAUAAAUAAAAGAUAUGCAUUCCAGGUUUGAUUAUUUUUUAUUUAAAGAGAAAAAAGAAAGGAAAUAAAAAACGAAGCAGUAAAAAUGUACACAUACUACAUAAUUUCAAGAAAAAAAUACAGUAAGAAAUCACUAGUUAAUAGGUUACUUAUAUAUCAGCUGAGCGGAGGCCAGCCCUGCUGCUGCCUUUCCCACCUGGGGCCCAUACUAUGACCCCUGUGGACUGGAAGGUGUGUAUUCAGCUGAGCGGAGGCCGGCCCUGCUGCCGCCUCUCCCACCCAGCGCCCAACUACCACCUCUGGGGACCGGAAGGUGCGCAUCCAGCUGAGCGGAGGUGACUCUGGUCUGGCCCUGAUACUGCAAAUUGAGGAAGCUUUAGGUCUACCUGAGAGGAGCCUGGAAAGCCUCUUUUAAUUCAGGGGCUCUGCUGCCCAAGGAGGGAGCUACUACAAAAGGAGUCCCAAGAGCCCAGGACAUAAGAGUCAGUUUACAACACAACCAGGGGAAACCCUGAAACAACACUUGAAACACAGUAAUAUAGGAAAAUGACAAAGACCAAAAUUCAAUCUCAAACAUCCAACCCAUCACCCCAAGAAAGCCUAGGAGCCAUGUACAUAGAAGAAAAUACAUGCCAUAUACCUGAAAUACCUGAAACAAUAGUAACAGAAAUAAAGAAGCAGCUCUGGGAAGCUUUGAAGGAAUUCAAACUAGAAAUAAUAUAUCAGGUAAAAAAAAGAAAUAAUAAAAGAAAUGAAGGAGAUGCUGAACAUAUCUAAACAAGACACAGCUAAACAAUUGGAGGAACUAAACAAAAGGAUAGAAUCUCUGGAUGAACAAUAUAAGAAACAAACAGAAUAUAUAAAACAGAUGCAAAGAGAUAUACAGGAAAUCAAAAGCAACAUUGAAAGUUGUAAAAACCACCUGAAUGAAUGCGAAGAUAGAAUUUCAGACCUCGAAGACAAGAUUGCAGCCAGAGAACAGGAAAGGAAAGAUCUUUUAAAAAUAACAAGAAUCAAGAAAUAACAAUACAACACCUGCAAGAUGACGCAAAGAAAAACAACAUCAGGUUGAUAAGGAUAAAUGAAAAAGAAGGAGACAAUACAAAGGAUGUCAAGAGGAUAUUUAGAGAAGUAAUUGUUGAAAACUUCCCAAACAUGAAAUUGGAAACUUAUAUCAGGAUCAAUGAAGCAUGUAGAACUCCAAAUAGCCAUAACCAAAAUAAAACUACACCCAGAUAUAUAAUAAUCACCAUUCCAGAAAUUGAACAAAAGUAUAGAAUAUUAAAAGCUGUCAGAGAUAAAAGACAGAUCACCCAUAAAGGAAAACCUAUAGAAUCACAGCAGAGUUCUCAACACAAACAAUAAAGGCAAGAAGAGCAUGGAGUGAAAUAUUUCAGACCCUAAAGGAAAAUGAUUUCCAACCUAGACUAAUGUACCAUGCAAAACGGUCCUUCAAAAUUGAUGGAGAAAUAAGAUACUUCCAUGACAAAGAACAGCUAAAGAAAUUCAUGAUCACCAAGCCAACCCUGCAAAGAAUACUGAAAGACAGUCUAGAUACACUUAAGAAAAAACCAUUUAACAAAGCAGACAAUCAAAUAGAACAAAAAGAUAAAGAUGCAACAGCAGAAAGAUAACAUCUCACUAAUAAACCAAUAUAUAACACUUAUAACCAUUAAUGUAAAUGGUCUCAGCACACUAAUUAAAAGAAAUAGACUGGCAGAAUGGAUCAAGAAACAAAAUCCAACCAUAUGCUGUAUACAAGAAACCCAUCUAACCCAAAAGGAUACUGACAGACUGAAAGUCAAAGGAUGGAAAACAAUACUUCAUUCAAUAGGAACUCAAAAAAAAGGGGGGUAGCUAUUCUGUUUGCAGACAAUGUGAACUUCAAACCAAUAAUGAUCAGAAGAGACAAAGCAAGUCACUGCAUAUUGGUUACGAGAAAACUUCAAGAGGAAGAGAUAACUAUCUUAAAUAUAUAUGCACCAAAUUCCAAAGCACCAAGUUAUGUAAAACACGUAACAUCAGAAAUGAAAAACCAAAUUAGCAGUAAUACAAUUAUAACAGGAGAUUUUAACACACCAUUGACAACAAUGGACAGAUCAACAGGACAGAAAAUCAGCAAA